CGUCCGUUUGCUGUACGCACUGGGACUGGACUCCGACAGUCGCUGUUGAUAAUGCGCCUUCAGUCUCAUUCUCAACAAUCAAAUAUUAACGGUCUUUGUCAUAUUAGGUGUACGGACAUUAGUGCCAGUGCGCGCACACCAUCUGACCAUAAUAGUGGGCUACAAGCUGCCUGCAAACCUCGAAUACCAUCGAUUUGGAUUGUCUCUAAAGUUUCUGAACAAUCCACGUGGUAAGGAAGAAGAUCUCAGAUUUAUUACACGCGAUGGUUUAUGGAGGUACGCUGAUGGCUGGUGUUGCACUUGUCAUGCUCGUAGGAAUGUUAGUGACAGGAGUCCUGAGUAACCAGACAGCGUUGCUGGACAAGGUGUUCACCAAUUACCACAGCGAUGUGCGGCCAAUCUGCGGGACAGAUGCGCCUAUUGAGGUCAAAAUCGGCAUCGCGAUCAGACAGGUCAUUGAACUUGAUGAACCAAAGCAAAUAUUGACAAUCAACGCCUGGCUUCGAUUGAACUGGUACGACUGUCAGUUCACAUGGAACGCCACUGAGUAUGGUGGCAUCUCAUCACUUAUCCUCCCCUAUGCCAAAGUUUGGACACCGGAUAUAACCCUUUAUGACAACGCCGGAGAUGAACUUGCUGGACUCAAGGACUACCGCCCUGUCAUCAACUCAGACGGCUCUGCCAGCUACAACUUCCCCACCAUCAUACAAAGCCUCUGCAAAGUCGACGUCACCUACUUCCCCUUCGACACUCAAACAUGUGCUCUCAAGUUCGGCUCUUGGGCCUACCACGGACUCCAGGUCAACUCCACGAAUAGGGCCAGUGCGGGGGACAUGUCCAACUUCAAAGUCAACACCGAGUGGGACCUUGUGAGUGUUCCCGUGGAACGACAUGUAGUGUACUACGGUUGCUGCCCGGAACCUUAUCCUGACGUGACGUUCUACGUCAAUCUACGACGCAAACCGCUGUUCUACACGUUGAACCUGCUGUUUCCCUGUAUAUUGAUCACAACCGUGGCUCUGCUGGGUUUCCUGCUGCCUCCAGACUCCGGAGAGAAGGUGUCGCUGGAGAUCACCGUGUUGCUGUCUCUGGCUGUGUUUCUGCUGGUGGUGUCUGAGACGUUACCGCCAACGUCAGAAAACUUCCCUUUGAUAGGAAUCUACUUCUGCCUGUCUAUGAUGCUGGUGACCUUCUCCACGGUCCUCACAGUGCUCGUGCUGAACGUGCACUUCAAAGGUCAACAUGGCAUCGGUGUUCCACGGUGGGUGAGGAGUCUGUUCCUUGAGACGAUUGCGCCGCUCCUUUGUGUCAAGAAAGAAAUGGCAGUCCACCCAAUCAAGAUGGCGGUCAAUGGUGACCUUGACCUUUUUCUCCAAGAUCAUGCGACAAAAUACCUUCAAAGUUUAUGUCGUGAUGAUCAGGAUGAUUUGAACAAGACAAAUCAAAAUGGAGUAAAUCGUUUCGACUCCCGCGAGACUGAGGUGCACGAUCUUCGACAGUCGUCUCCCUUGCAAAAGGUGAUGAAAGAACAACUGGCGGUUCUAAAGAAGAUCAACACUCGGUACGCCGAGAAGCAUAAAUUUGAAGCUAUUGGGGAGGAGUGGAAAAAAGUCGCAAUCGUGAUGGACAGAUUGUUCCUGGUGGUAUUUUUCCUACUGUCUGUGAUUGUUACUUUGGGGAUUUUGCUUCAGUGUGUUAACAGUGGGUGACGGCUACGAUGACCAGCUGGACACAGUACAAACAAUGCAUGUCACACGUGCCGUCAACACAUGAGCGAAUGGGACUUUACACCAUAUAGACGGACAUAUUACAACACUGAUAUUCCCGGACAGCUGUCCAUUAACGAUGUAACACACUCAACGUGUUCCUGGGUAGAUAUUGUAGCAGCAGGGUCUCCAUGUCGUAUGUAGACUCCCUGUAUCAGUGAGUCUCACCCAUCUGAUAAACCGCCUCCCUCAGUCUGAAUCUAUCGCCAUCAACAUGUCCAUAUGGAAAUUAUUUUGGACGACAUUUUGAAAUAUUCUAGAAAGAAAUAUUAACAUUUGGAUGCAUUUAUUGAAAAAUAUAUAUUGUAAAAGGAACAUUCACUGUUGAUUACUGGUUGGUUUUGAAUUUCGGAGCUAGUAGCGGUAAACAAGAGGGCGUUUCAACGAAAUCGCUACCAGUAAGCGCCAUGGAUGAACAUGUCACACUUGGAACUAUCUGUGAUCAGGAUCCCUAGCCUUAGAGUAGCAUGAGUUAAAAGGAAGGUAUAAGCUGAUACUUGAGCAAUGUUUAACGAUAGUUGUGAAACUGAAUUGCAUCUUACUAAAGCGUCCUUGUCACUUAUGUCCCAAACCUGUGCACUAACAGUUAGAAUUUUUCAAAUAUGAAAACUGUUCAGGGUUCUUGCAUUGUAAAACAUGUUGUUGUUUUGUUUUAUUUUGUUUGUUUUUGUUUUGUUUUAAAAAUAGUUAUUCGAUAGUCAAGUAUUUGAUACGGGUGUCAUAGUUGUAUUUUGGACCUUGUGUUUGCGAUGUUUCGCCAACUGUUUUCAGAACAGUAACGUUUCAAUAACGUUGUAAUUUUGAGGUCAAAUCCAAUGUUUCUUCAAGUGUAUACUUACCGGAAGUGUAGUUAGCCCAAAUAAUGUGUAUUGCGAUAUUUCUAGAUGUCUGCCAUAAGAGAUGGGAUGAGAAACAAAGGUCCCGAAGCUACCUGGUUGGAAUAGACGAUGACGGGAGGCAUACAUAUGUACGGAUAUAUUCACACAUACCGUGUCUGACCCUGUAGAUCGUACACUAGUGUAUGUACUUAUAUUCGUAUACUCUAAGCCAUACGCAAAUAGAUGUGACUGUAUCGACAAAGGUCUGCUUCAUGGUAUGAUAAACCAUACAAGUUUAACGAGUUCUUGACAAUCUGUCUCAGCAGAUAAAGAAACAUUUUCUGUUUGCCCAGUUUAAUGAUGUUCGAGUUGACGGUAGCACACGGUGUAUAUAUGUGAAAAUGUUGUAGUGAGGACAGCCGUGAUAGACAUUUUGAUCAACCUUUCAGUCGAACAAAGGGUAGGAAAUGAUAUUGUGGUGAGUGACGAUUUUACUCCGUCUAAGCUCAUUGAUGACCGAGGAGUUUUGUAUUUUAUAUGUGAAACCACAAGCUCGUCAUGGAAAUUAUUAUUUUUGACAUCGAACAGGUUUGUUGAGAAAUAUAGAAAGUCUGUGUGUCAAUAAUCUAUUUGAACAAUAGUCGAUGGUAGUUUGUGCUGGCAAUAUGUGUGUCCAUUGAUGUGUUUAUAUACAUUUGUUUAACAACUGCUGCAUAUCAUUGAAUGUUCAGCCAAUGUUUGUGUUUUCGACACUUCUGUGAUGCAUGUGGCAUCUAGUUACCAUUUAAGACCAAGUGACCAAGUCCCGGUACUCUCUGCUUGUCUCGAACUAUAAAUAAUUAGAUUUAUUUAUCAUGGCCCCCUGCGAUUUGAUCAAAUAACCUUGGUGAAUAUAGUACCACACAUAUCAAUCGAGUUAACCAUACCCGUGAAGAUCCGGGGUAGAAUAGGUCUUCAGCAACCCAUGCUUGCUGUAACAGGCAACUUUGCUUGUUGUAAGAGGCGACUAACGGGAUCGGGAGGUCAGGCUCGCUGACUUGGUUUG